GCGGUUGGGUGUUGCCACUCUCCUGUCUCCCUGCUGGUAACCCCAACGAUACUUGCUCAGGUUCCCAAACUAAACCAACCUGCAACUUUUAAACAAAUUUAAAAGUUAGGACCCAAGUCUUAAAAAGCUCCAAUGGACCAGCACAAGCAUCGUACGGUGGGUGUCCAAGAAAAGCUGGAGAUCAUUGGGGUGGAGGAUGAGUCUGGGAACCCCAUCAGCGCCCUGACCAUCCUCUCCCUGCUGGAGCGAGUGGCCGGCAUCAUCGAUAAUGUCCAGUCCUGCCAGCAGCGCAUGGAGGAGCGUCAGCUGGAGCUAGAGAACAACAUCAAGACCAUCCAGGGGGACGUCCUGAAGCUGGCCAAGGACCACACCGACACCAGUGGCACAGUUGAAAAGCUCCUGCAGAAAACCCGCAAAGUGAGUGCCAAUGUCAAGGAGGUCCGGGCACGGGUGGAGAAGCAAAACGUUCGGGUCAAGAAGGUGGAAACGACGCAGGAUGAGCUGCUCACCCGCAACAAGUUCAGAGUUGUCAUCUACCAGGGUGAUACAGAGAUCCCCUCAGUGGCAGUAACCAAGUCUCCCAAAGGCCCAGGCCUGGAAGGUUUGGAUAUUGAGCCUGACACCUAUGACGUCCCUGCCGACCUCUCCUCUGACGAGGAGUACCUCAGUGUGGAGGAGACCGACCCCUCGAGAGCUGCUCGAUUCAAGAAAACAAUGGUGAAAAGCACCGAGACCCUGAAGGCCGCCUUCUCCAAGGAGAACAUGAGCAAAACCAAAGGCACCCUGGGCACCAAGUUCCACAAUCUGGGUGAGAAGGUCAUGCCACCACAGCGAAGGGAGAAGAUGCACCAGGCUGGCGAGCGGUUGAAGCAGUCUGGCGAGCGGCUGAAGGAGAACAUCGCCAAGAAAGCUCCAACCAAAGAGACCUUCCGCAUCAAGCUGAAGAAGGAGAGGGCCGUCGCUGAGGGCCAGGAGGGUGCUGAGGGCGAGGUUGAGGUUGAGCCAGGCACCCACGCCAAGGAGCCAUCUGAGGGGGUGACCUACACUGAGGUUGCCUUGGAAACCAAAAGGGAGGGGCCCGUGGAAGAGGCUGGGGCUACCAGAAUAAGAGAGGAAGAUCUCAGGAAGUAAAUGAACUGAACAAGAAGCCAACAUGAAGAGAGGAUGAAACACUGGGAAAAACAAGGGCUGCGAUUCCUUGAAAACAAUGACGGACAUUUGUUUUGUCUCAAUAUUAAAAAAUGGAAGAAGUUGGUUUCAAUUUUUAAAAAACUUAUUUAUCCAAAUCUGCUCAUUUAAGCCCUCAAAUAUUGUCUGUUGUCUUUUAAACAAUUUAAUCAACAAACUCUGAGACAAGUUCAAGAUUUAAGAGAAAAGGUACUCAAAGAGUCUAAUUUGAGAGUCCAGAUUGUUACAGAUACAAAGUGUGGAUGAAAUUCAGGUUUAUUUGCACAUGAUGGUUGGAGGGAAGAGAAAGAUGACAAGCAGUUAACAGAACUGUGAGAAGGAUGCUGAAUGUUGACAUUUGUGUAAUCUCAUUUAUUCAGAUGUACAUAUGUAAUCUUGUACAAACUGACAAAACUGGGGAGAUAAAAUUGGCUUCAGCUGGUCUGGUGUUAAGAUAAAAAUGCAGAUCUGCCUCAGACUGGUUUCUGUUGCAGAGUAAAACACCAGCGAGCGCUUAGAUAGAUGUUAAAGCUGCACCAGGCCAAGAGAUUUGACUGCAGUGACGUCAACAAACUGUGAUGCUGUAUUUGAAUGAUGCACGUUACUCCAGCUCAGCUACGAUGUUUACAAAGAGUUCAAUAUUCAAGGCAAAUACUCAUUUCUUAGUUUCUGCAUCAGUUAGGAAUCAGUGGAAACCCCCCCUCCCCCAACGUCAGAGACUGGAGGAGGAAUCUUUGUCCAGUGCAGCUUUCAGUUUCAUUUGACAGCCUUCUUCUUAGUGGCAAUGAUGUGGUAAAUUUAACCCAUUUAAUCCCAAAUUUUUGUACUCUGCAAAAUGAGUACAUACAUUUCAUUCUAUGGAUCUCCCCAACACAUAAUGUGUAUGAAUUAUUUAAUUUCAUGUUGGUUAUGUAAGUGAAAAUGUAAGUUUUAUACCUGGAAACAGUUGUUGUUGAUGUUUAUUUCAUCAAUCAAGCUUUGUGUGGUGACAAGGUUAUCAUAGGUCUGGACUUAACAGGUUCAAAUCUUUCUCACGAGACAGGAUGGUUUAGUCUUUUUCUGUGUUUCUAUGGAAAAACUGGGAUAGGUGUCAGAAUAUAAAGAACUCAGAUAGCUAGAUAUUCAUCAUUCUUCACUUUUGUUUCUAUAUCACGUUCUUUGUUAUAACUCAAGAAAGGUGUAAGAUGUGACUUCAUUACGUAGCUAAUGCAUCUAGCUCUAUCAGCUGAUGGAGAUCAGGGUUCACUGAACCAAAAUACAAAAACCCAUCCCGUCCUGAGUGAAACUCCUUGGUGAAAAUGAUGGUUCUUACUUAACAAACAUAAUUUUUUAGUUAGUUUUAAUCUGUGUAGAAAAAAAAACUUGUUACAUGAUAUGAAUGUGUAAUGCUAACAGUAAAUGUGCUUACAUUUAUUGUUCUCAUGAAAAAAAAUUAUACAUAAAGGCAUAUGAUUCUCAUUAUAUGUAGUAGACCCUUUAAAAAUACAUGUACGAAAUAUCUCAGUUAUGUCUGUUGAGGUGUUUUAUUAACAUCCUCUUGCAAGUUUAAAUGGGUUAAGUUGGGGUUUAUCUUGAGUUUUGGUGGCUUUAGAGCUUUUGACUCUUUUUAUUGUAUGAAUGUUUAAUUCUUGCCGCUUAUUUCAUAGUUUCUGAGCACGAAGUGAUGACUGAGGUCAAAAGGUGUUCUGCAUGUCAGUCAUUAGAUACUUCUUAAUGCAUCCAGUAGGCACGUUGGUUUUAGAAAACUAUCAUUAUACUCCAGUACAGUGUGUUAUGAAAAUACACUUCCUGUUUGUCUUCCAUUUCUUUCAUAUAUUUCUGAUCUUGUGUUGCUGCUGGUGAAUGAAUUUACUGCUUUAGCUGAAGGUCGUUUGGUUCGACUUCUGUCUUUUUCGCUUUUUGAUCACAGUUCAGCUUCCAUGUUUUGUUUAGCUGUUUUUACAUCCCCAACCAAAAACACUUUACUACAAGAAAGAAAGAAAAACAGCUGAUUGUGGCUGAGGUUUUUCUUCUUCUUCUUUUUGCUUUACUCACUUUGUUUUGAUUUUAUAUAAAUAAAGUUCACGUGACACAAAAUGUCACUUCUGUCUGA